AUGUUUAUACCGUGCACGUAUCAGGCGACUGCCACUCAGGCGGAAGGGGAGAGGGACGCUGCCCUGGCAGAACGGGACACUCUGGCCCAGGCACUGGCCACUGCAAAAGACCAUGUGAGCACUGUGGAGGCUGAGCUGGAAUCACUCAAG